GUAUACAUGUUCUACCCAUACUAAUGUUCACAGAAAAACACCACUCAUGUCAAGAUAUAAAAAACGUUAGGGAAAAAAGAAAUUGUGUCUUUAACAGAAAGAAAAAGAAGGACACGCAUCGCCGGUGGUAACUUGAAGAAAGGCUGAGAGAACAAGUCAAAGAUGCAAAGCAUCUUCUGGUUAAAGUAAUACAGUUUUGCUGGGAAGUGUGUCAAACGGUUCUGCCACUCUUCACGAAUUGAACGGUAUCAAUUAGAAGUUUACAAUGUCAACGCCACGACGAAUUUUAUCAAUUAUCACUUCUGCACUGAUAAGGUAGAUAACAGAACACAUACUUCGUGAUCCAGAUACAAAGAAGUAUCAGUGACACGCUGAUUGUCGACGACUAUCAUCAUGGUUCGUGAUCGAAUGCCGGAAUUACAUGCCUGUCAAACUAACAGCACUACAUUUGGUAAAAGAUUUAUACAAGAUGUACACAUCCAAAUAUCCCAGAAUAAGAAACUCAAGGAAGUAUUGGAUGAAGUCGAAGAAAUUCGUGGAUUCAUUCAGCUUAUUAGCGAGAACACGUCUAUUGUAAAGGAUUUAUAUAAUAAUGUGUUGUCGCACACGAAUAAAGACAUACAAAAAGAACUGGAAGUUCGCACGUAUAGCAUUACGCAAACGUCGUUUCUUAUACAACGAAAGUUAAGAGAAAUGGGAAAAGAAAUUGCUCCAAUUGAUGAUUUAUCUUUGUCAAGUAUCAUAGAGGGUCCCGCGCAUUUACGAAUUAAAGCAUUGCAAUACACAACAAUGAUAAGACUAUUCUCAGAUAUUAUGGAAGAAUACAAUAUGUCUAUGUUGAGAUACCACGAAAAAUGCCGUUUACUAUUACAACAACAAAAGUCGUUAAUCAGAAGGCAUAUCACAAGUGAGGAAUUGGAUAAUUUACUCGACUCUCAAGAAAAUAGUUUGUUUGUCGAUAAUAUUUUAGAGGAUAGUAAAAUUGCUAGACAACAAUUGUCAGACAUACAAAGCAGACACAAUGAUAUAGUGAAACUAGAAAAAUCCAUUGCAGAAGUAAGAGAUAUAUUUACUGAAAUGGCGUUCCUGAUUGAAAAACAGGGUGAACAGGUAAAUAGUGUAGAAUAUUUUGCUGGUAAAACUGCAAACAAUGUUGACACUGGUCGCACAGACCUCAAAAAAGCAGAGAAACGAAGUCACAGAUAUAGAAAGAGAAAGGUUAAAAUCGGUUUUAUCGUCUGUGCUAUAAUUAUUUUUCUCUUACUACUAUUUUUGCUUUUGUAAAUAGUGUAAAAGUAAAAAAUAUGGCCAUUUUAAUAUCAUUAGAAAAAUAAAGGUAUUUUUCCUAUCACUAUAUAGUUUAUCC